AUGUUGCUGGGCUAUUCGCCUCUCGUACAGACCGCCAUGGGAACUGCACUCACCUGGGGCGUCACGGCCCUGGGUGCCAGUCUCUGUGUCUUUCAAACGCCUAACCGGCGAGCAGCCCAGAAGAGCAUGGUCUUGGAAUGGAGUCUUGGUUUCUCCGCCGGGGUGAUGCUGGCUGCCUCUUUUUGGUCCUUGUUGCAGCCGGCUAUCACUCUGGCUGAAGCCGGGCACGACCAGGGCGGUCUUGCAAUGGGUCGUCUCUCCUUUCUUCCGGCUGCUAUUGGGUUCGCAGUUGGCGCUCUUUUCAUCCUGAUCGCCGACAUCCUGUUUCCGGAACAGAAUAUUCUGGUUCUGCCCCAAACUAAGACGUCGGUUGCUGGAGGCAGUCCGGCCUGUAAUCUUGUCCUCGGUGAGUUUAUCGUUCGUCUCCUCCUUUCCUGA